AUCAUUUACUGGAAAGAGUCGGUUCAAAUGAACGAUUCAUUCACGCGCCCGAACAGCGAUUCCCUUCCGUUCCAAGAUGGCAGCCACCACGAAGAAGACUGUGGCAGUUGAAGAUGUCAACGUUACCUUUGAAGACCAGCAGAAGAUUAACAAGUUCGCUCGGAACACAAAUCGGAUGACGGAGCUGAAAGAUGAAAUAGAAGCUAAAAAAAAAUCCCUCCAGAACUUAGAGGACGCGAGCGAUGACCUCAUGAUGUGUGAGGAUGAUGAUCUGCUGAUCCCGUAUCAGAUUGGAGAUGUGUUCAUCAGUCACUCGCAAGAGGAGACGCAAGAGAUGCUAGAGGCUGCUAAGGAAGCUCUCAAGGAUGAAAUCAAAGCUCUGGAGGGUCGCGUGUCAUCGAUACAGGGAGUCCUCGGGGAUCUUAAAGUCCAAUUGUACGCGAAGUUCGGGAACAACAUUAACCUGGAGGCGGAUGAGAGCUGAGUUCUUCAGUGAACGGACUUUAUUUUACAAACUGACGCCAUCCAUCAACUAAAACCCCCUGUUUCCUGCAUGGAGCUCACAAGCAGACCUGAUCCCUCGUUUUGCAGCACUGAUGAUUCUUUCUGUUUUUUACAUGCCGUUAUGUUUCAGUAGUAUUGGAAAUGAGGAAGUAGAUGUAUCAGUUAAAGGGAAAGUUCGGGGCAGGAGCACUGGAAAACAAAACAGAUGAGAGGCCUUCACUGCUAUUUAAAUAAAAGGCUUAAACAGUACAAA